CUACUGUCGAUAUUUAUCCCCUACUCUCUAGACCCGGCGGCGUUUUGGGGUUCGGUGAUAUCCGUUCGUACUUCGUGUGAUUCCGCGAACGCAGACGCCAGACGGAUAUUCUCGGGCAAAGCAAGAGUGCCGAAGGAAAAAAGAAGACAUCAGCCGACGCAUCACGACUGGACCAAGGAACACGACCAUUCAUCUUUUUACGAAUUCUUGCAGAUGGAGCACAGUCAAAAAAACACCGACUGCUACUUUUUCUACUAUUCGACAUGUUUAAAGGGUGACGCUUGCGCAUUUAGACAUGAACCCACUGCUUUGGGUUGCGAGACAAUGUGCUCGUACUGGCAACAAGGCAACUGUCUCAACGAGCACUGCAACUACAGACACAUGGAGCUUAAGAAAAAUCGUAAAUCCAUCCCAUGCUACUGGGAAACACAGCCGAGUGGAUGCAGAAAACCUCACUGCUGUUUUAUGCACAAGAACGCUCGUGGGCCUGCAGCUGCUGAGCCCAAUAAUUCUGGCAGAAAUAAUGACUUGACUUCAAAGCCCGUCAAUCAAGACUGGGCCAACUCUCAGGAUGAUGGAAAGUACGAUUCGGACCUUCGCACACCCCUAGAUGGAAGUAGCAGUGAGUCCGAUCCAGGUCGUGGUGGCAGCGAAGCUGGGAGUUUCAUUGGCAGUCCAGCGGUCGACCCUCUUGUCGUCAAUUUUGAGGAAGAGUCAGACAAUGAAAGUGUACCAUCACCAACAAAGCCGCAAAUGCGAAUGCUACACGUUAAGACCCUCGAAGAAAUCAAACUUGAACGUAUCCAGGCGGAGAGCGCUGCUUACUACAAUUAUACUCACGAAGAUUUACCUGGAAUUCCUCAUAACACCGGAGAGCUAACAGCGUCGAGAAAUACGAUGGGGGCUGGGGCUUCAACUCUCGAACGUAAUCUACGCGCUCGUUUGGCUAACCGUCUCUACAAUCAGGGUAGUUCACAGGGGGCCCAAAUGACUCAAGGAAACAACGCCACGAAGAUGACUUCAGAAGUACGGGAGAAUUUAGAUUUCCAGAUUCUAUCUCUUGACGAGAUAAGGAAACGUCGACGAAGAAUGCAUCCUGCAUCAGGAUCCUCGGAACCUUCUUCAAAGGUACCUCGGAUAUUGGAAGAGAAAUUCUCUUCAGAUUCAGCUGAAAUUAUUGUAAAAAGUUUACCUGAAAUCCGGGCUUCAAAAGCUGAUAGAAAGGAAAGCUCAACAGAUCAAACAUCAAACGGAGUUUCGUCGACAAAUUCCACCUGCGACGCAGCUGGUGCUACGGUUUCCUCUGAUCUUGAAAAUGUUUUGAACCGUAAUGGCGAAAAGAUAUACGUUGUUCAACAGCCGAGAACUGCUGUGACCGCAACAGCGGCACCACCCGUAAGGCUUCGACGUGCACAUAGGACCCCUACAGAAUCAUCACAAAAAAAAAAUAAUUCAACAUGUGAAAUUCCUGAAAUUACCAGCAGCGACAGUAGCCAAGAGGCUGCCGCUAUUCCGGAUAGAUUAACUUUGAUAGCUUCACGCCCUUCCUCCUCAGCGAGGGACGAUCGUCAAGAAACUGUAAAAGAAAAUGAAAAUAAGUUAGACGAUAACGGCAGAUUGAGAGAAGAAAAUCGACUAGAUCGUAAUGACGAGACCGUAGCCAACGGAGAGUCGGAAUUCAGGUGUUCAUCUUCCUCAUCAGAUUUGAGGGCGAUUACUGUUUCGCGCAGAGUUUCUAUGCCCAGUGUUUCGGACGACGAUUACCUUAUGAUGGACGCUUCAUCCAUGGACCACACAGCUACGGCUGAUAAUAUUUUGCAGGAUAUAGACGAGUUAUUGAAUGAUUGAUUUAAAUUUAUAGUCCUUAUUGUUAGUUCCCUGCCUAGUUAAAUGAAAACGUUGUUCACUUUACUGCACUAGAUCAAACUGUAGGACCUGGUUUCUGUGUGCGUUCCUUCAGAGGAAAAAAAUAAUUCAGCAACAGCGGAUAAUUUCAUUAUUUUUACAAAUGAAUUCAUAAUAUAAGAAUAUUCUAUUCUCUUUUUACGUAGAAAGAGAAAAAUAAAGAAAAAGAAAUUAGGUCAUAGUUCGCGAUAUCUCUUCACGUUUUAUCCGUUAGAUUCUUUUCAGGUUCAAUUACACACACAUCCACGUACAUAAUAUAUAGAUUAUUAUAAAGUGUUAUACUUAGGUACUUUUAAAAAAUUUGAAAUGUUUUUCUAAAUUAAAUCCAUUCCCUCAAGACUAUGAUUAUAAUAAAAUAACGAUAUUUACAUCACCCUCCGA